AUGUCUUCCCCUGGCGCCUCAAGGUCCAAUAGUACUCUGGGAUCACGGAAGUAUCUGACGAAAUCACAAGAGGCCAAAUUACGACUCCAGGGCCAAGGAGGAGCUGCCAUUCUGCCAACUCGGCCAGGCGAUGCCUUCGUUUUCGGCCCGGCUCCUGUUUUCGUCUACACUCAAGAGAGGACAACACCACGCCCACCACCUUCGACCGAAUUGUUGGACUUGGAUCCAAACUCCCCACGUGCAAGGGGUUUAUGUCGCAAGUACAAUAUCAAGGUUGUGUCUGAUGACAGCAUUGGUGAUCGCACGGGCGUGGUAGCCGAGGUCGUUCAGGCAAUUGGCAAAGUGUGGGAAAGAGCUAUGGACCCCGAGGCUUCAUCCGACCCUUCGAUUAGGAAUUUGCAGGCCGCCUUUGAUAAAUUGUUGACGAGGGGAGAUGAGUUUACCGAGAUGGAUCGUAUGGACCUGGUUCGUCAUAGCGAAAUUCACCAGGAGGCGCUCAGAUCCCUGCCUGACAGCAUAGCGACAACGAGCCAUUAUCGGUAUGUUUUGGCCACCUUGAGGAGGGAGAAAGACCGGUUGCGUGAACAAAUCGAUUCAGACCGUGAUCUGGUUGCAGCAAUGGACGCUACUUUAGAAGGACUACGGCCAUUCAUCCCAGACGAGAUCCCAGACAAGGGGAAGGGGAGGGACAAAAGGGAUGGACCAGGGUUUAAGUAG